AUGGGCUUCGUCAAUUUCAAGAACUACCGGGUUUACAUCCUGACCUCGGUGGCCUAUCUGGGCUCCCUACUCUUCGGUUAUGACACGGGUGUUAUGGGCUCAGUCCUGGCUCUUUCGAGUUUCAAAAAGGACUUCGGCCUACCCUUAGAGUCAUCUGGAUUCAGCGACGAGAAGAACGCCCAAAUCUCCUCCAAUGUGGUCUCGCUACUCACAGCAGGAUGUUUCUUCGGAUCUAUCUUCGCUGCUUACAUGAACGACAGACUGGGCCGUCGAUACUCGCUGAUGAUCUUUGCCCUGAUCUUCCUGGUCGGAGCAGCAGUCCAAGUUGCAGCUCACCAUGAAAUUGGCAUGAUCUAUGGCGGACGCGUCAUCGCCGGUUUUGGUAUCGGUGGUAUGUCCAGUAUCACCCCAGUCUUUGUCAGUGAGAACUGCCCCCCUGCAACCCGAGGCCGUGUUGCCGGCCUCUUCCAGGAGUUCCUGGUUAUCGGUAGUACGUUCGCCUACUGGUUGAACUACGGCGUUUCGCUCCAUGUUCCCGAGGGUACGAGCCAAUGGCGUAUUCCAGUUGGCAUCCAGCUUGUCCCCGGUGGUCUGAUGCUCAUCGGACUGUUCUUCCUCAAGGAAUCUCCUCGUUGGUUGAUGACGAAGGGCCGUCGUGACGAGGCACUCCAGUCCCUUGUUUACAUUCGCAACGAGCCUGAAACCAGUGAGGCUAUUCAAGUCGAGUUCGCUGAAAUCUCGGCUGCUAUCCACGAAGAAAUGCAGGCUACUGAGGGUCUGACGUGGAAGGAAUGUCUGAAGCCGAGCAACCGAUACCGCUUUUUCCUCGCCUUCGUCCUCAUGUUCUGGCAGCAGUUUUCAGGAACAAACAGCAUUGGAUACUAUGCUCCUCAGAUCUUUGCAAGCGUCGGAUUGAGCAAAACAGACUCCUCGUUGUUCGCCACUGGUAUCUACGGAACAGUCAAGGUGGUUGCGACUGCUAUCUUCCUGGUCGUUGGUAUCGAUCGCUGGGGCCGAAAGAAGAGUUUGAUUGGUGGUGCUGCCUGGAUGGCUAGCAUGAUGUUCAUCAUUGGAGCAGUCCUGGCCACCAAUCCCCCCUGA